AUGGACCAUCCUUCACUCCUCAAUCCCGAAAUCGAGCUCAGGAUGGCCGACUGUAGACUUCCUGUAUGGGUUGAGGUGGAACGUGAUUCGGCCUAUCUGGAUACCAUUGAAGUUUGGCCGGGAAGAGUGAACGUCAUGCUGAGGGCGGAUGUUGACUGCCUCGCAGAACAUCUCGAUCAGAGUCCUCCUAGGGAAGAAGCUGAACCGUUGCGUAUCAUUUUCGUGGAAGAUGAGGUGUAUGGGGACUCGAGCUACCUUAUCAAGGGCGCUUCAAGAGGUUUGAACAAGACCGCAUGUUGGCUGCACCAACAUUUUGGCGUCUCCCUAGCUUUCUUCCAACAUUCAACCCCAAAUUCCGGUUAUCGUGUCACAGGCAACGGCAGCUUCACAAGACACAAUGCUGCAGGGGAAGCCAUCUCGAUAGAUGGCUUCUACUCGAACUCUGGUGGUCUAUCACUUUUUCCUACUCAUAUUUGGUUCUCUCACAGCGUUCUGGAAUGGAAUGCAUCGUCCUACAUCAUCUACAACUCAUCCCCAAUGGCCAAGCAGCUUAUAUUUCGGUGUGCUGAGACUCAAGGAUGCGCAUUACUUCGGCCGUUCGCCAUCGACGCCUUUAUGCAGGAAGACUAUCUAGAAAAGUGGACAGCAAGGCUUUCAGAACUGCGACCUCAGCUAGUCUACUACGAAAAUGAACUCACAUUUUCGAAGUUCACCCCAGACCAGAACUCAAGAUCUGUGGAGGAGCUGCAUAAUCUAUCUCAACACCUCCAUGUUGCCAGAGACAACUUCAUCGACCUCAAGAAGAAGCUCCAUUUCUUCCUCGACAUGCGCGAGCGAUAUCUUGAACUCUCCCGGCCGCACUUCACCAUUCCAAGGCAGGACCUCACCUCGGUUGCCGACUCUUGGACCCUGAUCGGCUCACGGAUCAUGGCCUACGAUAGUCGAACGAACUUGGAUAUUGCAUGGUCGAUGGGCUGGAUUUCUUUCUCUGCUCAACGAGAUAGCUCGUCAAUGAUAAUAAUUGCGGCGGUUACGAUGUUCUUCCUCCCUGGGUCAUUUGUCUCGGCAUUGUUCAGCAUGGUGUUCUUCAAUUCAGAAAGCAAAGAGGAUGGACAAAUGAGGCUGAUCGUCGCACCUCAGUGGUGGUUAUUCCCAGCCAUCGCGAUCCUGCUCACCAUCUUGGUCUUUAUAGCAUGGGUUGUGUGGAGGAAACGUCGGAACUCGGUGGCAGCAUUUGAAAAUAUUCCCAAGAGUUGGGAUGUCUGA